CGAGACGCUUUCAGCCGUGAGUCUCUUCAGCCAGUCGCAGAGUAAGCGUUCAAGGCGAAGGUUGUGAUUGAGUCGAGUUUUCGAUCUGGCAAUAAUUCAACAGCUAGUUCAAAGUACAAACCUACAACGUUUGCAAUAAUAUAAUAUAUAUAUAUUUACAUAUAUAAAUCAGACAGGAAUGGGUUUCGUCUUGGCCUGGUUGCCAAGCGAUCAUUAUUACCGCGAUAUAUGCAUCGUGACACUCACAGCGGCUUUUCUGGCCACCUUGCUGAGCAUUCGAUUCUAUUUACGCAUUACGGCGGGACGUUGUUUCACUGAGACUAAAAUGGAGGGAAAAACUGUUAUCAUCACCGGCGCCAACAGCGGCAUUGGCAAGGAGACCGCAAAGGAUCUGGCAGGACGUGGCGCCAGGAUCAUCAUGGCAUGCAGAAACCUGGAAACAGCUAAUGCCGUCAAGGAUGAGAUCGUCAAGGAGACCAAUAACAACAAAAUUCUGGUCAAGAAGCUCGAUCUGGGCUCACAGAAAUCGGUGCGCGAAUUUGCGGCUGAUAUUGUUAAGACUGAGCCAAAGAUCGAUGUACUCAUUCACAAUGCCGGCAUGGCCUUGGCCUUCCGCGGUCAGACCAGCGAGGAUGGCAUCGAGCUGACCAUGGCCACCAAUCAUUACGGUCCCUUCUUGCUGACGCACUUGCUCAUCGAUGUGCUGAAGAAGAGCGCACCGGCACGCAUUGUUAUCGUCGCCUCGGAGCUGUAUCGCCUGGCUUCGGUGAAUGUCAACAAGCUGAAUCCCAUUGGCACCUUCCCGGCUGCCUACUUGUACUACGUGUCGAAGUUUGCCAACAUCUACUUUGCCCGCGAGCUGGCCAAGCGCCUGGAGGGCACCAAUGUCACAGUCAACUUCUUGCACCCGGGCAUGAUUGAUUCGGGCAUUUGGCGCAAUGUGCCCUUCCCCCUCAACUUGCCCAUGAUGGCCAUCACGAAGGGUUUCUUCAAGACAACCAAGGCGGGUGCCCAAACCACCAUCUAUCUGGCCACAUCCGAUGAGGUGGCCAACGUCUCGGGUAAAUAUUUCAUGGACUGCAAGGAGGCGACACUGAAUGCUGGCGCUAUGGACAUGGAGAAGGCACGUCAAAUAUGGGAGGAAUCAGUGAAGCUUGUCAAGCUGACGCCACAGGAUCCCAAGAUCUAAAAUCAACUCAUAAAAAACAUAAAGAAAUUUCAAUAAUUUUGAUUAUAUACAACGUAAUUUGGGGGAGCAUAUCAUAAGCUUAAGUUUUUCACGUAAAUAAAUAAAAACAAAUACAUUUUA